UCCGCGGAAGUGGGAGUAGUCUCUGGUCAUCUCCUGUACUGUCUGCAGUCUCUUGGUCAUCCCUGUACUGUCUGCAGUCUCUUGGUCAUCCCCUGUACUGUCUGCAGUUUCUGGUCAUCCCCUGUACUGUCUGCAGUUUCUGGUCAUCCCCUGUACUGUCUGCAGUCUCUUGGUCAUCCCCUGUACUGUCUGCAGUCCCUUGGUCAUCCCCUGUACGGUCUGCAGUCUCUUGGUCAUCCCCUGUACUGUCUGCAGUCUCUUGGUCAUCCCCUGUACUGUCUGCAGUCUCUUGGUCAUCCCCUGUACUGUCUGCAGUCUCUUGGUCAUCCCCUGUACUGUCUGCAGUCUCUUGGUCAUCCCCCGUACUGUCCGCAGCCUCUGGUCAUCCCCUGUACUGUCCGCAGUCUCUUGGUCAUCCCCCGUACUAUCUGCAGCCUCUGGUCAUCUCCUGUACUGUGUCUGCAUUCUCUGGUCAUCUCCUGUACUGUGUCUGCAUUCUCUGGUCAUCUCCUG